AUGAACAAUCCACAAGAAAUAGGAAAGGUUCAGCUAAAAUGUCCUGGUUCAAAUAGGCGUGAAAAUUGUGAUAUGAUGUUUAAUGGUCCAAUCCUUAUAUUUACACCAGAAAAUAAGAAAAGCCAAUUAAAAUGGUUGUUUUUACCAAUGUUUAACGCUGAAAUUAAUAUGCAAAAUCCAAAAAAUAUGCUAUUUAUUUGUAAUCUUAACGGAGACAUUCGUUAUGAUGUAUUAUUUGACAUUCAAAGUAAAUGUAGUGAUACUUACACGAAAUACCUCAACAUUAUUACUAAUUUUCAUGAAUUACUUAAAACCAUCGAUCCUCACGCUGUUGUUUCAUUUUCACAGAAAGUAGCAUGCAUAUUGAAGGAUAAGAAAGAUAGACAACAUCAUGAGCACAUUGCAGAACAAAUUACUUUACAAAAAGGAAAUAAAUUUACUUUCCAAGCCCAUUAUACAGAAAAUAAUUCAAUCAAGAGCUUCACAAUUAAUUUUAACGACGAAUCAUAUGUAGGAAGUACAAUUAAUUGUCCAAAACAGUUUGGAUCUCCAAAUAUUCGCCAUUUGAUGUUUACUUUGACCGGUGAAGAUAAUAAUGAAGGUAUAUUCUUAGUCAGAACAAUCCAAGAAGCCUAUAAAUGGGUAAUUUCUUGCUUCUAUGGCUCAGAAAGCCAAAAAUGGAAGCCAAGGACUCCAAUUUCAAUUCUUUCCCAAUCUGUAGCACAGAAUCGUUCAGAUUCUUCUCAACAGAGGCCAAACAAUCAAAAUCAAACUCAAUCUCCAAAAUCUCCAACACAAACCCAACAAAAUACACAAAACAAGCAACCACAACCUGUUCAACAACCGAUUUCUGCCCCAGAAAAACAAGAAAAACCACAAUCUCAAAUUCAACCACCAAAACAAGAGACAACAGUUCAACAACCACAACAACAGAAGGUCCAGCAAGAACAGAAACCAGAAUCAGUCCAAGAACCAAAAGAAUCAGCUCCAAAACCCAAAAUUCAAAAACCAAUUCCAGAAGAAAAGCCACAAGAGCCAAAACAACCAGCUCCUGUUGUUACAACUACAUCAGAACCAUCAACUCCUCAUGUUUCAGCACAAUCUGUUCCUAAAUCUGAAGAAAUUCAAAAUAAGACCGAGGAACAUGUAGUUGAACCUCCAAAACCAGAACCAGAACAACAUAAACCUGUUGUUGAACAGCAAAAUCAGCAACCUGUUGAACAAAAACCAGAAAUUAAAAUUGAUAUUCAGCCACAACCACAAGAAAUCAAGAAACCAGAGCCAGAAGUUCAUGAACCAGCCAAAGAAACACCAAUUCCUGCUCCACAAGACGAGAAAAAGAAGGAAGAAGAUAUAUCUCAAAAUAAUGGAGAGAAAUCGAAGCCAAAACCACAACCACCAUCACCUCCAACGUUCACAAUCACGAAAUCAGACAAUACAACGAAGAAAGAACCGAAGAAAGAAGAAAAUCAAGAACAAAUUAAGCCAAAACUGCAAAUGCAGAUCAGUAUCACAACAACAGUAUCCGCAGCUCAAAAAGCUCCUGUUACAAAGAAAGUCAUAAAAAGAAUUCAAAAGAAACAAGAAACUCCAGUUAUUGAACAAAAAGUGACAGAACAAAAACGGUUUUGCACUUUUCCUCAUCCUCCUCCGAUUUCUCAGCGUCUCUCAUCAUACAGAACCCACAUAUCAGACAAUUGCAACAUAAUAAGAACAGUAGAUUGUUAUCAGCCACCAAAUUCCGACAUAAUAAUUAAGAAUAUGAAAUCCAUGGAGAAACCAGCUCAGCAACAAGGAAACCUUCUUCAAAACGCUUUGUCUGACCUCAAACUAGACAUCAGAUCCAAUUACAGUGACUUUGAUCGCUGUUACAAAUUGACUCAAAAUGAUAUCUUGAAUGAUUCAUUGACAAUCAUCGAUCCAAGUCAUUCAGACAUCAGCGGGUUCACCCAAUUCAAGAAAUACCCAGAUUUCGACAGGAAUAGCCUUAUAAAUCCAAUUCCAAGUAUUGAUGUUUUCUUGAACCAAUUAUGUGACUUUUCAAAUUCUCCAAAAUACGUAGAUCAGAAUGCACCAGAUGUGAACAGGCUCUGUUACAUUGUUGGAGCAAUUUUUUGCAAUGGACUGAAAAUUUCUGUUCAAGAUUUGUCAAAAAUUUUGUCAGAAAAAUAUGAAUGUCUUAAAACGAUAAGUUAUAAAAAGAAAGGUGCGAAAAACAUCAUUCUUUUUGGUGCUAAAUUGCUGAAUGGAGAUAUUGUUAUUCCUUGCCUUGAAUGGAUUAAAGCAAAUGAUUAUAUUAUUCAAAAUUAUUACCCAAGUGCAUUGAUAUUGGCUGAUGACUUUGAUGAUGUUUUUAAUUAUCUUAAUGGUUUCCUUUUUGUUCGUUCUUUCUUUAUUCCUGUUCCAGAAGUUGAUUCAUCUGUUGAAGAAAUCGAAAAAUUGUUGUUAGUUCCUCAAUUUUUGCCAGCAGAAAUUGAUCAACUCAAUAAGAAAUCAUCUCCUAUUACAACAGAUGAAGCAGCUGAAGUUUUCGCGAGAUGUCUGUAUCUGGGAUCUAAUGAUGCAUGGCAUGUUAUUAAGUCAUUGAGUGACAAAAUGAAUAUUAAUGAAUUGAAAUCAGCAAUUUCGAAUGUUAGCCGUGAUCACAUAUUGACUAGAGAUGAUUACAAGAUACUCAAAAGUUUCGCUGAACAAGCAGUGAAGUUGAGAACUUGCGCUUAUUGGUUUGCUGAAAUUGUUUUGGCUGUUGGUUCUUCGAAAGAAAACUCAAUCAGAGAACAUUUUACUUCUUAUUCUUGCGUAAAUGAUAUGUACAGAGCUUUCCACACAAUUUGCAGACUCAAUGCCCUAAUGAAGAAGAUGGGUCCUCCUGGGACUACUGAUUAA